AUGCCUCCCUUAUCAGUGAUCGUGAUAAAGGCAGACCCGAGGCAGACGGGGAGCCGACCAGCGUGCAAGGGAGCCAGAGGGCGGGGAUGGGUUACGGAGCCGGACGGGUGCGGCACAACGAGCGAGAAUGGCAAGGAUGGAAGUGCGGCGGCAAAGGAGGAGUGGUCGCAGGGGAGACCAGCAGACACCAUCUCGGCAGCCACCAUCUCAGCAGCCACCAUCUCAGCAUCCACCAACUCAGCAGCCACCAUAUCAGCAGCCACCACUUCAGCAGCAACCAUGCCAGCAGCCACCAUCUUAGCAGCCACCAUAUCAGCAGCCACCACUUCAUCAGCGACCAUCCCAGCAGCCAUCAUCUCAGCAGCAGCCAUCUCAGCAGCCACCAUCUCAGCAGCCCCAUAG